UAUCACACCCUAGAAUUGUCUUCAUAUAAAAUCGUCUGACUGACCCAGGAUUUUAGGACAAAUUACAGUCCUGUGCGUGAUUCCACCGUCAUUAUCGUGCCACCACGUUUAGGAGCGUGGGCCUCAUUUGACAGCAGUUGUAUUCGUAUAGUGGCUGUUGAGCUGUAAUUACACCGAUGCUGCUGCAGGGGGCAGCAGCUUGCUUGAGUAGCUGCCCAUAGAAAAUCACCGAAGAAGAAACCCGGAAGAAAACACAAAGCUGAAAGAAUCUAUUGUUAAAUCAGCUUACAUCUGUAGACAUUACGGCUUUUUGUUGUAGAGUUCGAACAUGUUGCACGAUAACUCAUCUGCACAUGGAUCGGAGAGAAACGAGCAGGGACGGGAGACGGUGUCGGAGCCCAUUACUACCCCCUCCUCCAGGUUUCUGCAGGUCGAACUAGAGCUGAACGCCCAUCUCCGUCGACUCACCUUCAGCGAACCGGUCCGUUACAUCUACAAGCCGCUGGAGUACGCCUGGGACACCCACCAAAGCUUCGUGCGGACGUACUGUCAGGUUGGACAGAGCAUCCUGUUCCUGGGGAUGAACCCAGGACCCUUCGGCAUGGCCCAGACCGGGGUCCCCUUUGGUGAAGUGAAGUCUGUUGUUGACUGGCUGCAGAUCACAGGGGAGGUGGGUCAUCCUCCUGAGGAGCAUCCGAAGCGCCGGAUCACGGGGCUCGCGUGCACUCAGAGUGAAGUGAGCGGCGCCCGUUUCUGGGGCUUCUUCAGGAAGCUGUGCGGUGAACCAGCGCUGUUCUUCCGCCACUGCUUCGUGCACAACCUGUGCCCGCUGAUCUUCAUGAAUGCCAGCGGGAAGAACCUGACCCCUCCCGAGUUGCCAGCGGCCGAACGAGAAGCCCUCCUGAGCAUGUGUGACACGGCGCUGUGUGAGGUGGUGAAGGCACUGGGCGUCUCCAUGGUGAUCGGCGUUGGACGGGUGGCGGAGCAGCGGGCUCGGCGUGCCCUUUCUGCUGCACAAAUCGGCGUGCGAGUCGAGGGCAUCAUGCAUCCAUCACCCAGGAACCCACUGGCCAAUAAGGGGUGGGAGGCAGUGGCCAGGGCCAAACUGACCGAACUGGGUGUUCUGUCGCUGCUGAGCAACACAUGAGCCACCCAGGUGAUGUAAAGUCUCAGGGACCCUGGGUUUUAUCAUUGCUUCACUGUAGCAUUAACACGUGCAGGUUUCCUCACAAACAUCUGUGAGAUGAGCUGGUAUUACACUAACACUAUAACAUGACUGUAACCACUGAUCACUCCCUACGAGCAGUUCAAUGGAUGAAGCAUGAUAUAUACACUGCGGCUGUACUGUAACUCUGGGAUGCUUUAUAGCCAAUGGUAAAUCUGUUGCCAUGUAAACAUAUUUAUAAAAACUGUAUUUUAAAACAUACCUUUACUUAAAAUUUUGUAUAUGAGCAUGUUCAGUCUUAUGACGGGUAACAUUAAAUAAUGUCAGUGAUUGCGUUUCAUCAAGCAAAAGACAGAGCCGGUCUGUAAUGUGGAUGUUACACAUUUUUGACUGGUGAUGUUACAAAAAUAUUUUGUAAACAGCCUCACAAAUUGUUUAUGCUGGUCGACUGUCUGUUUUUUUAAAUGUUAAUAAUUUAUUUUUAUGUAUCUUAUUCAUUUUUAUAUUUUGUAUAUAUGAUCUCUUGUAUGUUUUUGGGCUCAGCAUUUUUUGUCAGAUUAAGCUGAAACUUUAUUUCGUGAGAAAUGAAUAAAGAGGAAAAAUAAAGAAAGAA